AUGAAUAAUGCCAUCUGUCAAGGGCUGCGAUCACCAGUACGGAGGCUGGCUGGUCUAAGAAGUAAACUGAUAUCAACAUCUGUUGUCCACAAUGAGACCAUUCUAGUCAAGAAUUACGAUGAUUUCGUAAAUAAGGUGAUGAAUAACGACAAGCCUGUGAUAGUGAACUUCCACGCGGAGUGGUGUGAGCCUUGUAAGAUUCUCACACCGAAGCUCAAGGAGUUGGUUGAACCGUUCACUUCACUAGAUCUCGCGAUAGUUGAUGUUGAAGACAACGCCGAGCUAGUUCACACCUUUGAGGUGAAAGCGGUGCCGGCGGUAAUUGCAAUCAGGAAUGGUCUCAUAGUGGAUAAAUUCAUCGGCCUUGUAGACACAGACAUGAUCAACAGUCUUAUAGAACGGAUGGCGGGAAAACGGAAUGAUGGCGCGGAAAAAUGA